ACAACCCAACUGGCAAAGUUUUCUCCAAGGAAGAGCUUGAAGUUAUUGCUGAAGCCUGCUGCAGAUGGGAUUGCCUUGCUAUAACAGAUGAAGUAGGUUGCAUUCUUGUUGAUUACUGGAUAUUAGGCAACACUUCAUAUUGUCAUUUUUUACGAGGCUUGAACUGAGCAGAGUGCUGAUGAAGUACCUAGAAGGACAGUACGCAUAAAGAGAGGAAAUUAAAACCAUUGCUUAUAGAUAUAUAUGGAUAGAAUUGUAAAUAUUAGAAGUUCAUCUUAUAAUACACUUGACAUCAUGCAGCUAUUUGUCAAAUUCCCUAACUGAAAUAAACAUUCUAAGUGGUUAAUUGUCAUGUAAUUUUUAUUAGUUUUUCCUUAAGCAAAGUGCAAUUAUUAUCUGUAAUCUGUCGUGGUAGUUCUGUCUAAAAGAAAGAAAAUGUUGACCUAUUUCAUUGAUGUCUGAGGAUUGCUUUGUCUUCAUACUUGUUUCUCCAGGUAUAUGAGCACAUAACAUUUGAUGACAAGAAACAUAUAUCUCUUGCCUCACUCCCAGGAAUGCAAAAGAGAACUAUCAUCACAUCCUCCUUGUCUAAAACUUUAAGUGUUACAGGUAGAUGUCCCACACUCAUUGUCCUCUGUCCACUGUAUUGUGGCAUAAUUUCCAGUUGGAGAAUUGGAUGGGCUAUUGCUCCAGCUUUUGCUGCAUCUGCAAUCCGAAACAUUCAUGUCAAAAUUACAGAUUCUGCUCCAGCAGCUUUCCAAGAAGCUGCGUUAACUGCUUUGACAAGCCCCCCUGAAUAUUUUGAAGGACUGAAAAAAGUGCUCACCACGGUGGGUUUUCAAAUUCAUUUUAAGCCCCAAGGUUCCAUCUUUUUAUUUGCAGAGCUUCCUAAGAAUUGCUUGCUUUCUGAUGUAGAAUAUGUUAAGGAAUUAAUAAAAGAGGCAGGGGUGGUUGCUGUACCAGGAUGUGGAUUUUUUCAUGCAAAGCUUUCUAUGGAGCCAUCAUCUGAGGCAAGUUGCAACGACCCGCAGAGAUAUGUAAGGUUUGCCUUCUGCAAAAGUAUUGCUACUUUGGCGGCCGCUGCACAAAAGUUUAGUGAUCUUAAGAACGCUACCAGGUAUGAACAACCUUAACAUGAGAGGUGGGUUAAGGGAUGAGAGAGAGUUAUCUCUUAUUGUACAAUCUAGAUAAAAAAAAAAAAAGAAAAUGAUAUACUUAAAUGUCACACGAUAUUGUAAAUUUAUACCAUAUGUGUUCUUAUAUAAUCAAAUUUUUUUAUUCAU